GUGACGUUCUUUGCUGUUUACAGUUCUGCCGUUUAGCUUCAGCUUAAGUUCUCUCAGGUUCUCUCAAGUUAUCGUAUUUCCACCAUGGGAUGCGACGGUGGAACCAUUCCUAAAAGACACGAACUGGUUAAAGGACCGAAAAAGGUUGAAAAGGUUGAUAAAAACGCAGAACUUGCUGCCAAAUGGAGAUAUUGUGCAUUGAGUCAAGAGAAGCUGAAGCGGCCCAUAGUCGCCUGUGAGCUGGGCAGACUGUAUAAUAAAGAUGCGAUCAUUGAGUACUUGUUGGAUAAAUCAGCGGAGAGACCGAACACCGAGGUUGUUGCACACAUCCGUAGCCUCAAGGACGUGAAGGAGCUGAAUCUGACAGAUAACCCAGCGUGGGAGGGUGAGAGACACAACAUUAAAGGGGACCGUUAUGAAGACAUGCACUGUGCUAUGUUCAUCUGCCCUGUGGUUGGUCUGGAGAUGAACGGAAAACACAAGUUUUUAUACCUGCAGACCUGUGGGUGUGUUUUCUCCGAACGAGCGCUCAAAGAGGUGAAGACUGAAAUCUGCCACAAGGGAAAGCUGACCAGAUCGAAUGGCUUAAACCUUUUUUGUUGUUGUAGUAGUAUCACUUAGAGCAGAACACAGUUG